AUGCCGCCUGACAAGGAAGAAGCACGAAUGGUUCGUCUACGGGAGAACAAGCGUCGGUCCAGGCAACGCCAGCGCCAAUAUACGGUUGACUUGGAGAAGAAAGUGAGAGAGUAUGAGCAGAGAGGUAUUCAAGCUACGGUCGAAGUUCAAGCAGCCGCCAGACUCGUCGCCCAGGAGAAUCACCAUUUACGAGCCUUGUUGGGUCAGCUUCGCGUGAGUGAACAAGAGAUCACUAGGUGGCUGAAAACAAGGGCGGAAUGUGAGGAAAGAAAACAUUCGACGCCACUGGGAGGCCUAGACAAAUGCGACAACCGGUUUCAGGGAGCCAGGCACGAUGAGGGACCUCUUCGUAGUGCAGAUCGUGCUAGUAAAGAUGUGCAUGUCUCUUCAAGCGAGACAAUCAGACUACCACUAGGUAACUUUGCACCUCAAGAGGGCAUCCAGGAUAAAGGAAACGGAAGCCAUGUUGUCAACGCGCUACCAGUCGCAACUCAUGAACCGCAGCGGCAGGACAAUGCUCCUCCUUGUAAACUCCUCUCCAGCCUGACAAUCGAUUCCGCCGGUGAAGAGGUGGAUAUCCUUGGAACGGUCGAUGACAACCUGGCCCAGUCUCCCACUCAGGAUGGACUUCCAUGUGCUGCGGCGUAUCAACUACUAAGGCAACAUGUGAGAGGGGAAGAGGAUGUCAAAUGUCUUGGACAGGUUCUCCGCGAAGGCUGCGUUACCAGACCAAACGGUGGAUGUGAGGUCAAACAUGAGACAAUUGCAAAGGCGCUGGUUGAUAUUUGUCUCUGA